UGGAGGGAGCCGUGGAAUAAAAAACCCGCUCAGUCUGAGAAAAAUGAAGCUUUAGCAGCCUCCGGGGAGAUUCACGAAUGGGAGUUUUGUUGGGGGACCGAUGGUGACCCGGACGACUUUGCCGUAUUAUAUAUAUCUCGAAGUUCGCGGUGGUUUUCAUCAUGGAAGCGUGUGCAGUGAGGCGCCCAGCCCGUGUGCUCUCGGUGCUCAUCCUGUCUCUCUUACAAGUAACGAUUGCUGGAAGUUUCGCGCCGAGCACAGACAGCUCGAUCACAGAAGGAACUUACUUCACUUACUCGGGCACGACCGACUCCGAAGAAACAACUGGUUUACUGAGGAGGCUGACGUCUUCUACAGUGGACUUCACUUCUGCCGGGUUUGAACACUUCUCCACAGCUAAGCUCUCGGAAACCCACCCUGGCUUUGCAGAGAGGGAAGCCAGAACUGCCACUGAUCAGAACACUUUCUCUACGGACAUGGAGAGAUGGACAUUGCAUAGCGGUCCAGAAGUGUCAACUGAGCUGCUGAGCUCCAGCACUGCCACAGUCACUGAGUGGGGAGCUCCACCCACAGUAGCAAACACAUCUGAUGCUUAUCUAGAUUUGGCAAUGAAAGAGCAACCUGCAACUGAGGCUAGGACUGUGAGAGACCUCACUGUGACAGUGCUUACGGACAAAGACAUCACAGAUACGGACACUACAGAGUCCAUUUCACAUACUGACAGCACCUACAUAUCCACCACCGUCAGCCGUGCCGGAGAGCGCACUCUGCUGUCUGUCACAUCCAACAGCACUACUCCGUACACGGACGAGUCCAUCUCCUCUGAGGCGGCUCCACAAACGCAUACCUCAGAGGUAAAGACAGAGACCACUCAAGGUGGGGACUACACGGAGGGUGCCUUGUCUACAGAGGCUGACCAUACCAGGGCAACAUCCGAGGAUCAGCAGACAAUGAACGCUACCCAAGUGACUGACCCUGAGCCUGAGGUUCCGCAUAUCUCCCAGGGCACCCAGUCUCAGACAGCACAGCCUAACGUCACAGGGCCAGGUUUUGAAAUGACUUCUGGCGACAGCAGCCACAACUCCACUCAGCCUGCCACAGUGGUCAACAGCUCUGAGACUGAGACAGACACUAUAGCUGAUUCAUCCACAAGUAGGACAUCAUACACAGACCGAAGUGCUUCUGCGCCAUCUGUCACACCUUUCGUGUCCACAGAAGACAGCCGGACAAAUAUGUCCCACAGGGACAUUGAAACUAUGACCACUGAGACUCCUGCAAGGUCCAUGAGCACUGUGGUAGACAAAAAGUCAGAUGGUCCUCAGACUCACAAGGAUGAAACCACUGUUGUUGGUCUGACCACUGCAUUCCCCUCACUGACCACUGUGGAUGACUCCCUCCCAGGCAGGCAAACCUUUGUCUACCAAACCCACCAUACACCAGAGGCCACAGAAGUGUUGACCACAGCUACGGGACCGGUGACCCAGAGGCCACAGCAUACAGAGGAGGACACGCAUGUAACUAGCACUCUUGCUAGCACUGUCCCUACCACUGUUGUUACAACCCUGCUAGCUAGCACCAACGCUGCAACUCCAUUAACAACACGUCAGCUCCAGCCCAGCACCACUGCUAAACCACACACACCCCACGUGACACUUUCUCCCAUGGAGACAACUCAGGUGCUGACAGCCACCACCACAGAGCAGCACCAGCCGACCUCCCGAACAGUCACGCCAUCUCUGACUUCCAGCUCAUCCCAACCCGAAGAUGUUUCUACUGAUGUGAGCACACUGCACCUAGAGACCAGCACUGCUACACCGGGAAAUACCACUGCACAUGGCAGGCACACCACUGCCUCCUACAGUACAAGUGCCCCUACCAGGAGCACUGCUGUAGUGACCACAGGAAAGCACACUGAAAGAGGCUCCACGCAGAAGGAAGCCACAACCACGCAGAUUCCCGUGAAGUCCACUACAACUCCUGAUCACAUAUGUAUGCUUAAGACAUGUGCGAAUGGAGGCAAAUGUGUGCAAGGCCACAAGUGUGAGUGUCUGCCAGCCUGGACAGGAGCCAAUUGCACUGAGGAUGUGGACGAGUGUGUGAGUAAUCCGUGCCCAAAAGACUCAAAGUGUGUGAACACCAGGGGUUCAUUCACCUGUAAGUGUGCCCUUGGCUACGACCUGGAGGAUGGCCGCAGCUGCACACAAGCAAAGACGUUCCUUGGGACAUUCAGCGUGAACAGCUCUUUGAACAUCAGAAGCGCUGGUCUGCAUGAGCUACACAAGGAGAUCUUACAGCUGUUGGACGCCGCCCUCUCCGUUCUGCAUGGUUAUAGACGUUCUACUCUAGAUGAUACAGGGGGAUGGAAUAUCUCUGCUAGGAACAUGUUCUCCUUGUCCUCUAAUGUGACCAGCUCUGAGGUCUACAGCAGAAUCCAGACAUUUCUGAGAAACUGCAACAAACCACGAUCACGCUGCACCCUCAAGCUUCAUCACCAACUCGCUUAUCAAGGGGAGAGUCUGUGCCUGCCCAAAUACAAUAAGUGUGACACUCAGUCUUCUGUAUGCAAUGAUACGAACGGGACUCUAUUCUGCCAGUGUCUUCAAGGCUUUUUCAAAAAGAACCCAGAGGAUACCACCUGCAGAGACUGUGGUGAUGGUUUUGCGCUGGUUAAUGAAACUUGUGUGGAAUGUACAUUUGGAUUUGGUGGUUUCAACUGCAAUAAUUUUUAUGGGCUGAUAGCGAAGGUGGUGUCUCCUGCUGCUGGAGGCUUGCUGCUCAUCAUUAUCAUCGCUCUCAUAGUCGCAUGCUGCAGAAAGGACAAGAAUGACAUCAACAAAAUCAUCUUUAAAAGUGGGGACCUUCAGAUGUCUCCAUAUGCAGAGUUUCCCAAAAGCAGCCGUGUGUCUAUGGAGUGGGGCAGAGAAACCAUUGAGAUGCAAGAAAAUGGCAGCACUAAGAAUCUCCUACAGAUGACAGAUAUCUAUUAUUCACCAGCUCUGCGAAAUGCAGAUCUGGAGAGGAAUGGGCUUUACCCAUUCUCUGGCCUCCCUGGUUCACGCCACUCCUGCAUCUAUCCAGCACAGUGGAACCCAUCAUUCAUCAGUGAUGACUCACGACGGAGGGACUAUUUCUGACCCCAGCACACUCAGAAAAACUGCCUCAGACUGGGGCAUGAGGCCUCUUGUGGGGUAUGCUAUAAUGGCUGCAUAGCAAGAUGUUGUGAUGCUGACCAUAGAGCUGGACAACGCUGAUCACUAAAAGGCCUUUGAAUGUGAAAAUGAGCUGGCAUGAAAAUCAUCUGGCAGGAAAGGACAAUUAUCUGAGUCGGAUUGGAGGAAAGCCAUAGAGUUCUGAUCAGGUCCGUUUGGCAUUCGCCUGUAGCACGCUUCAGUGAAACUUCAGGUUGUGGUUGUGUUCACUAGUCGAACUUUUGAGAUUUCAGACGUGUCUAUUUUUUUCAUCUAAAUGGAUUUUCUAUUCACUCCUUAGAACUGUGAAACACGUGUGGGGGAAUUAUAAUAUAAAUGCAAAUAUUAGCAAAUAUUUUGCACUGUAGAGUCUUCACACAGAUGUUUGUCAAAAGGAAUAAGCCAUAAAUGUAACAUAUUUAUACGUGUGGAUUGAUGCACAUACUAGAUUGUUUAAAAGAGUGUUCGUGUAUGUGUAUAUAUAUAUAUAUAUAUAUGUAUGUGUGUGUGUGUGUGUGUGUGUGUGUGUGUGUGUGUGUGUGUGUGUGUGUGUGUGCGCGUAUGCAUGUGUGCAUCAAAAUGUUGAUGUUGUACAAGUUCUUUGUAAGUUCUGUGGACAUGAGAGGUGAACAGUAUUUGUAGAAACUAUGUAAGCUGUAAAGCUUUUUUAAAUUGAAUAUUGCUGUAGACCAUGAUAUCAGCAUAUGUAGCAGGACAAAGCCAGUCAUUAUGUUACUAUUUACUUAAAGGUGUGUUCAUCAAUUUUGGCAGAAAUUAGCUGAAGCUUGAAUGCUCUCCAAAUCUGUUUCCCCAAAACAUAUGAACCCAUGCUUCCUAGGUCUUAAGACCGUCAAAAAUCGUCUGUCACAUAUAAAAUGACACAGGCACAACUAAGUAAGAGAGCUAGCUGCCUGAUAUUACCCUUCCUUUAGGGCCUGCUAUUUGAGAAAAUUACCUUUCUAGCAGAUAUAGAGCAAAGAUGGCAUCACUGUUAACUAGGGGUAUGCAAUGGUAUUGGAAUCAUAUUGUUAUUGGCACAUAGUCGCUUGAAAGAUCAUCCGCAUCGGACAGAUGUUCAUGAGCUGGAGGUAAGGGAACCAGCCUUGUGACCGGAAGGUUGCUGGUUCCAUCCCCUCAGCCGACAGUAUGACUGAAGUGCCCUUGAGCAAGGCAUCUAACCCCCAGUUGCUCUCCAGGCGCUGUGGAUAGGGCUGCCCACUGCUCUGGGCAAGUGUGCUUACUGCCCCCUAGUGUACGAGUUCACUUGUGUGCAUGUAUGUGGGUGUUUCACUCCACGGAUGGGUUUCUGAAUUCUAAUUGGAGAUAUGAUCAGUAUUUGCUGUUGCACAUCACGCUAGACUGUGGUGCCAAAAUACCUGCAUUGUAUUUAUUUUACUAUUUACUCUGUAAUGCUGAUUUAUGUAGUUGAAGGCCCAGUUUCUUAAUAUUUGUGUAUCAGCAAUGGCACAUAUUUCUAUGAAAAAUAUCGGAUAUUGGCACCCACCCACAAUUCCCAUAUUGGUGAAUCCUUACAAUUGACUUUUAAGCUAGUGAUCAUAUUUAGGUGAACUAAGCAUCACACUGAGCUACAGCUCCCCACUGUGUGCUGGGUGAACGCUUAACCUGAUUCCCACGCCGAUAUGUCCUGUUUACAGAACCGGGGGGGAAGCUACAGAGACUGGAUUUUCCUCUGAGCAUAUGUUUUAUUGAUGAAGGUAAUAUUUGGAGAAAUUUCAUCACAAAAACGUUCUGGGCAAAAAUUGAUGAUUCCACCUUUAAGGACCUUCAAUGAACAGAAAUGCACUUGGUGCUACUUCUUUACAUAAUGCAGUAAAGAGCACUGCAGUAGUGAUAAGUAAGGAACAGUUUUGCCUGUGUUAUGUAAUUUAUUCAACUAACUUAAUGUCAUUUUCAAACACAUGCAGUUCAAUCUGUGUAGUUACCAUCAUCACUGUGUGUGUGAGAGAGAGAGACAAAGAGGGAGAACAAACAAUAUGGCCUAAUUUUGUGCUACUUGUUAUCUCCUGCAUGUGUGGUUAGAUGUACUAUAUUUCUGUCAGCGACUUACUGCCCUUUUAAUAUCAGAGGUAUCCUUUUACACACACCAGCAAUUUUUCUUCUCCUGUGGAUGGUCGCUUAAAUCUGGCGUUGUAGUCAGACUUAUUUAAAUAAAGAAACAGUGAUUUUGAA